UCGCCUGAGAGCUUUGCUGAGGCACGAGGAUGGAUGGACGAGUGCCUCAUCAGCCACCAUGAGUGUCCGGCACACCUGCCCGCCGAUUUGCCCACAAGACUUAUUGAGGUGUCUCGUCUGGGCGAGCCCGAAUCUGCGCGUUUAUGCGAGACCGGCGGGCAAAAGGGCCACUAUUGCGCCCUUAGUUACUGCUGGGGAGGAGACCAGGUCCUCAAGACGCUUCGCGAACGGUACAGCCAAUACCAAAAGGAACUCCCUUACGACCAGCUGCCCCAGACAAUCAAGGACGCAUUUCAGGUCACGCGGAGCAUGGGUCUGAGGUACAUCUGGAUCGAUGCGUUUUGCAUCAUCCAGGACAGCAAUGAGGAUAAGCAGACCGAGAUGGCCAAGAUGAUGGGAAUCUACCAGAAGACGCAGUUCACUAUCUCGGCAGCGAGUGCCUUGGCCGCUACCAAGGGAUUCCUCCAUACUAAUUACCACGACUCCAGCCUUGGAACAUUCUAUCACCCCCUCCGUCCCAUCAACACUCGGGGUUGGACCCUCCAGGAGGCCCUGCUCACGCCCCGCCUUCUAAUCUUCACCAACAUGCACAUGGUCUGGAAAUGCCAGAGCGGCUAUCAGCCCGACUUCCACGCUACCUCCCGAGACGCCAACGAAAGGCGCCGCGGGGAAGAUAGCCCCUGGCGAACUUAUUCAACCUGGCACUCCAUCCUGAACAAGUACACGACGAGGCAGCUCACCGAAGAAAACGACCGGCUUCCUGCCAUCUCGGCCAUCGCGCAGGCCUUUGCAGCCCAUUUCAAGACCGAGUACCACGCCGGGCUCUGGGGCCGCUUCCUCGUGCAUGACCUCAUGUGGGAGAACUGGCUUUCCAAUCCCAACGCCACAAAGACGGGGGCCCCGUCGUGGUCGUGGGCCACCAUGAAGGGUGAGCUUCAGUAUGACGGCGGCAACACUGACUAUGCCCGAGCUGAGGUUGUGUCGUGCAGGACCACGCCCGUUUCAGACAAGAAUCCCUUUGGGGCAGUUACUGGCGGCGAUCUCGUCAUCCGCGGACACCUCAACAAGCUG